AGUUCAGUAUCACCACAAACACGAAACUCAUGCCACCAUCACCACUUCCAUUUGGGACUCCUCAAAACACACACAAACAUAGAGAUAAAGAGGAAGAAAGAAGAUGAAGAAAGAAAAACCAAGUUGGUUGCGUUUCCAAGUCCCACCCCCACCAAGUUCACCUUUUUUUUUUUUCUCUUUGGGACUGUGAAAUCCUUCUGACCCUCUCUCUACUCAAGUGGGUCAUGCUUGUGGCCCCUACCCUCUCCCACUUGCUCUUAGUCUCUGCUGUCUUAGCUUCUGUCCUUUAAUGUUCUCUUCAGAACUCUCUUGUCUCUUCCAUUUUAGUGCUCAGCUUCCUCCCAUUUACAGAAAGAAAGAUCCAUUCUUUCUUCAUAUGGGUGCUCAGUGAUUUUGGUUUCUCUUGUUUCCUAAAGGUGAUGAAUGGUAUUAAACUUCUGUUUGUGUUCUAUUAUGAUGUUUUUAGUGUUGUCUGCUCAAUAGGAGACUGCUCAAUUUCAAUUCAGGCAUCUGGAUCACCUUGAUUUGGAAACUUGUUAAGAUUGUUGAUUGAAAUGGCUUAUAUACACUAUUUGGAUUUGAUUGUUUUGGUUUAUGGGUUUAGGAGCUGUUUUCAGAAAAGGGGUUUCUUGAAUUAGUUUAUAGCUACCUAUCAGUACCAUUCAUUCUCUGAGACUGAGAUUCAUGCUUGGUCCAAGAACCCAAUGGAGAGCUUUCCACUUCUUUAGCAUUCGGUACUCUUGCUUAGUGAAAAGAUAUGAAGAACAUUCUUAAGAAGCUUCAUAUCAUGUCUAAUCAAUCGGAAGAUGCACAAGGGGCUACUUCAUCAAGGAGCAACAAGUCUAGUGAUGGCUCAUCUUCAUCCCCUACCCCAAAGAGGCUUUCUAGUUGGUUGCAUUCAGUUUCUAACAGGCAGAGUCCCAGUCCUCCAUCUCCCAACCUGGCAAGAGGAGAAAGAAUGGAGCCAUCUGAUUCAGUGAGCAGUGGUGGUUUAGAUAUUGUCUCUGAUUAUGCUAGGCGUGAUUCGGGGUCUAGCACUUCCAGGGAUCCUGAAGUGGAAGAAGAAUAUCAGAUACAACUGGCUUUAGAGCUGAGCGCUAAAGAGGAUCCUGAAGCUGUGCAAAUUGAAGCUGUUAAGCAGAUCAGUUUGGGAUCUUGUGACCCUGAUAGUACACCAGCUGAAGUUGUGGCCUACCAAUACUGGAAUUACAAUGCUCUUGGUUAUGAUGACAAAAUCUCAGACGGUUUCUAUGAUCUGUAUGGGAUCUCCACUGAGUCAACUCCUGCAAUGCCUUCUCUUCUAGAUCUGCAAGGAACACCAAUCUCAGAUGGUGUCACAUGGGAAGCAGUCUUAGUCAAUAGGGCUGGCGAUUCCAAUUUGUUGAAACUUGAACAAAAAGUCCUAGAGAUGGCAGUCAAUUCAAGAAAGGAUUUUGAAUUAGUUGUAGAUAGUAACUUGGUACACAAGCUUGCAAUAAUAGUGUCUGACUAUAUGGGUGGAUCAGUUGAAGAUCCUGAAAGCAUGUCAAGAGCAUGGAGGAGUCUUAGUUACAGUCUAAAAGCAACACUCGGUAGCAUGGUUUUGCCACUUGGUUCACUGACCAUUGGAUUGGCUCGGCAUCGUGCACUUUUAUUUAAGGUUUUGGCUGAUAGUCUGGGCAUCCCAUGUCGAUUGGUAAAAGGACUACAAUAUAUAGGUUCUGAUGAUGUGGCAAUGAACUUUGUCAAAACUGAUGAUGGAAGGGAAUACAUUGUUGACCUAAUGGCAGCUCCUGGAACACUUAUUCCAUCUGAUGCAACUGGAUCACAUUCACACAUUGAGUGUGAUGAAUCUUCCUUUGUAGCCAGUCCUUCGUCAAGAGAGCUGGAUUCGUCUCAUAUUGCAUCAUUCAGUAGUGGGGUUGGAAGUUCAUCUGAAGAAACUUCAGACCACGGAACUCCAGAUAAAGGAAACAUAUCAAAACGUUUUGCUCAUGCAGGGAAAGAAUCUGAUGUAAGCAGGCUUGUUACAGGCAAGGAAGAAUUAAAAAAACCAUCAAAUGAAUUCGAAAAUACCCCCUAUGGAGAUAGGAUCACGGUGAGGGAAUCACCUAGCAGACCUAAUUAUCCAUAUAUGCAUGGAAGAUCUCCUUCUUGGACUGAAGGUAUCAGUUCUCCUGCAGUGCGUAGAAUGAAAGUCAAAGAUGUUUUCCAAUAUAUGAUUGAUGCUGCUAAGGAGAACCCUAACUUGGCUCAAAAACUUCAUGAUGUUUUACUUGAAAGUGGUGUUGUUGCUCCUCCUAACUUAUUUUCUGAAAUUUAUCAUAACCAGUUAAGUACCUCAACUGAGGUCAAUUUUCCAAUUGAACAAAAGAACGGAAAUAAACAGGGAAGUAUACAGCAAGAAACUAAAGCUGAUGACAAUCUUGGCCCCUCUCGAUUUUUGCCUCCUUUGCCUCACUACAGAGUUCCUCCCAAAGCAAAUCCUAGCAGUCACCUGGAGCAUUCCAAGACUGUAGAAGGCUUAGGAAUUGACCUUCCUCUUGAUACAGGGGAAGCUGUGGUACAGCACAUAACGUCUUUGGCAGAAGCAACUCAAGUAAAGUAUGGGAAAAAUGUCCCAGUUGCUGCAGCUGCAGCAGCAGCUGCUGCUGUUGUUGCAUCUUCUAUGGUAGUUGCUGUGGCAAAGUCAAGCACUGACUCAAAUCUUGAAAUUCCUGUAGCAGCAGCUGCUACUGCUACUGCUACUGCUGCAGCUGCAGCAGUUGUAGCAACAACUGCUGCUGUCAGUAAGCAGUAUGAGCAGGGCAGUCGAAGUGAUGGAGAUACAGAGGGUGCUGGUUAUGAGCCAAAGGGUAGUGGUGACGGAGAUCAUAAUGCUUUAGGAGAAAACUCAGAGGGUGAAAGAAAAUCUGAUAGAUCUGUAAGUAAUGAUAGUUCAAAAUCUGAUUCUGCGCUAGACGAUGUUGCUGAGUAUGACAUUCCAUGGGAGGAAAUUGCGAUGGGUGAGCGUAUCGGACUUGGAUCAUAUGGGGAAGUUUACCGUGGUGAAUGGCAUGGAACCGAAGUUGCUGUGAAGAGGUUUCUAGAUCAAGAUAUCUCUGGGGAAUCACUUGAAGAAUUCAAAAGUGAGGUCCAAAUAAUGAAAAGACUGAGGCAUCCAAAUGUUGUUCUCUUCAUGGGAGCUGUAACUCGACCUCCGAAUCUUUCAAUUGUUACUGAAUUUCUUCCUAGAGGGAGUUUGUAUAGAUUAAUUCAUCGACCUAACAAUCAAUUAGAUGAGCGAAGACGGUUGAGGAUGGCCCUUGAUGCUGCUCGAGGAAUGAACUAUCUGCACAACUGCACUCCAGUGAUAGUGCAUCGUGAUUUGAAGUCCCCAAAUCUUCUUGUUGACAAAAACUGGGUUGUAAAGGUAUGUGAUUUUGGUUUAUCGCGAAUGAAGAAUAGUACAUUCCUUUCUUCCAGAUCGACAGCAGGAACAGCUGAGUGGAUGGCUCCAGAAGUGUUGAGAAGUGAACUUUCAGAUGAAAAGUGUGAUGUUUAUAGCUACGGGGUCAUAUUAUGGGAGCUCUCAACUUUGCAGCAACCCUGGGGAGGAAUGAAUCCUAUGCAAGUUGUUGGAGCUGUGGGUUUCCAACAUCGCCGUCUUGACAUUCCAGAUAAUAUGGACCCUGCUAUUGCAGAUAUUAUCAGACAAUGCUGGCAGACAGAUCCAAAGUUGAGACCUACAUUUGCUGAAAUCAUGGCUGCUCUGAAGCCAUUGCAGAAGCCAAUUACCGGCUCUCAAGUGCAUAGAACAAGUUUUCAGUUAUCAAGAGUUGCUGAAGAUCCUGCAGGCUAGGAGACAAUUAUACAGCUAACAAGUUUUUUUCUCCCUUUUUUAUUUUACUGCUAAAAAAUGUGAGGGCAAGUUGUAGAGUAUUUACCAUUUGGGAUUGAUAAAAGUGAUUGGUUGAAGACCAUCAGCUAACUUACAUUCUCAUUCAAGGUUUUCACUCCUAUUCCUUCCCUUUCUUUGUUUACGUCUGUUUCCUUGUCUCUUUUGUAAUCUACAGUGUAUCCAUUGUCAGACUGCACCAUUUGUUUGUACAAAAUUCUUUGGAAAAUGUUGUAAUCAGCAUCUAAAUUUUGUUGUGCCUUAGUAGUUUUGGAAAAUUGCAGCUGUAACUUGUGCUGAAGAAAUGAUUAAUUAUAAGUGAAACUAGCUUUCUGCUGUAAUUAUUGACCAUGUGAAUUGAGUAAAUUGUGUUAAAUAUUCUAAAUUCAGUUGCUUUGUGCUAG